ACUGUGCCUCGUAAGUCGUAUGUACAAAGGUGAUUUCGCUAUGUCUGUUGGAUUUUAACUAAUAUGAUAUAAAUGGAAAAGUACGAAAAUCUAGGGCUAGUUGGAGAAGGAAGUUAUGGAAUGGUUAUCAAGUGCAAAAAUAAAGAGUCUGGAAGGAUUGUGGCGAUUAAAAAAUUUAUUGACAGCGAGGAUGAUAAACAUGUUAAAAAGAUAGCACUUCGUGAAAUAAGAAUGUUAAAACAACUUCGUCAUGAUAACUUGGUAAACCUUUUGGAAGUUUUUCGACGAAAGAAACGUCUAUAUCUUGUUUUUGAGUUUGUGGACAAUACUAUAUUAGAUGACUUAGAAAAACACCCUAAUGGAAUUGACGAAAUGCGCACAAAACGCACUUUAUUUCAAGUCAUUCGAGGUGUGGAAUUUUGUCAUCUACACAAUAUAGUUCAUCGUGAUAUCAAACCCGAAAAUAUUCUUAUCAGUCGUAGUGGCGUCGUCAAAUUGUGUGAUUUUGGUUUCGCACGUACACUUGCUGCACCCGGUGAAGUUUAUACAGAUUAUGUGGCCACCAGAUGGUACAGAGCACCAGAACUUCUUGUGGGAGAUACAAAAUAUGGCAGACCAAUUGACAUUUGGGCUAUUGGUUGUCUUGCCUCAGAAAUGUUGACAGGUGAUCCUUUAUUCCCUGGUGAUUCUGAUAUUGAUCAAUUGCAUAGAAUAGUGCGUUGUCUUGGUAAUCUAAGUGAGAAAUAUCAAAAUAUAUUUCAUCGAAAUCCACUUUUUGUUGGUAUGAGAGUUCCAUUUGCAAAAGAAAUCGAUCCAUUGGAUAAACGACUAGCUAAGGUUUCGAAAAUAACUCUUGGAUUUAUAAAGAGUUGUCUUCGAAUCGAUGCUAACGAUCGACCGACAUCAUCUGCUCUUUUACGAAGUGAAUAUUUUACUAGUGAGAAUUUCGCAUCUAUAUUCUUGGAAGAGCUAAAAACACUAAUUAAAAGCGAAACAAACUCAAAUGUACCUUCAUCCUCGACCAAUAUCACCAGUAGUAAGAAUACCGUUAAUAAUCUAAACAAUAAUAAUAACCAAACACAAGUUAAAAAUGAUCAACAAUGUAAAAUCAGUAAUAAUAACAGUGAUUUUGUGCAGUCAAAAGUUUCUAACACAACCGCGACAACGACGACACCAAUAAUAACUUAUAUUACUACUACUACUACUACUACUACUACUACUACUACCACUGGUAAUACGUGUACUGAUACUAGCACUAUAUCAACUACUGCCGUUAAACAUUUUUUGUCAGAUGUAAUGAAUGUGAAGAACCCAAAUAAAGAUAAAACAAUAACUCCAGAUCAUGUUGAUUUGUCAGUAACAUUACAAGCUGGUCUACAUAAUAAUGAAAUUACUGAACAAAAUAAAUCAUCCAAUAUUUCUACCGAUUUUUCAAGUAAUACUAAAUCUACACAAAUGGAAGGGAAUAAAUUAAAAUCUACUAUGGCUGAUGAACAGGUUAACUUAACAUAUGUAGCGUCUAAAGCAAGAAUUGCAGUUAAAUCUCAAUUAUAUAAUGAGUAUUUAGUACAUGAUGAAAAUAUUGAUCCACAUCAUUUGUUAGAUACAAUGAAUGUUUCAAAAAAACAACACUAUGGAUCAGAUAAUAUCUUGAAUAGGAACGAUGAUUCUGAUUCAAAAGAAUCAUUAACAGUAACUGAAAAAAUGAACGACCGAUUGAAUGAGAUGCCUUCUAUUCCACAAAAGUCAUUUGGUCUACUUACAACGGUUAAAUGUAAGAGCCCAAAACCAACAAAUCCAAUCUCGAAGUCUAUAUUAGAAGAUUUACGUGAACCUCUGAAUGAUACUGACUUAUCCUCUGCUUCCAUAUCAAUAUCCCCGUUACAAGUUACAAAUUUAACCAUUAAUGAUCAGUCAUUAAUAAAUACUACUAACCAAUCCCCGUUCAAUAGUGGUUUUGUUGCCAAGGUUACCGAAGUGCCAAACGAACAAAUCGACUGUACUUCAACAGUUAUAGAAUCUUCUGUAAACAAAUAUUUAGACACAAAAGGUGGAGACUCACAACCUAAGGAAAUGACUUCAAAUAAACGUUUGCCUUAUCUUACUUUGGGUCAGACUAGCAGCUACCAUUUUUUUCCACAACAGUAUCGAGGAGUUUAUCAAAAUCCUCUAAAAUCAGACCAAACAAAUACGUAUAAUCCUGGAACUGUUUCUUCAGCAAUGGGAUUGUCUUCACUGUCACCACUGUUAACCAAUAGUCAAACAGUUAGCAAGCACGAAAAUAACCCUGCUUUUCAGUCUACCAAUGUUUUGACAUCUCCAUCCAUCCCUUUGCAGACAUGGACAACACAAAUAAGUUCUUCUAAUACAAGCAACUCAUCCAAGGAUUCAAAAAGUCGACGAUAUUAUCAACCUCCAAAUCACCACAGAAAAUCAACAUUUUCUUUGCAAUUUCCUAUGAAUAUCAGUCAUUCAGUUUGUCAACCGAUUUCAACUUCGCUAAGCAAUCACUAUCAAAAUCAUAAUCACCAUCUCUCCAUACUACAGCCAAUUGGUAUUAUGCCUUCUCCAAAUAUCUUUGAUACAAAUCAUGAUUAUUUACAUCCCGAACAGACUGAAUCACGUAGUUAUAUUGGUCAUGUAAAUUUUUCAACACGUUCACCGCUACAAAGUUUGUCUCAACAGAAUAUUUUUAAAAAAUCAUUUACAUCAAAUAGUACAACUGGUACAAGUAAACAGGAUAAUACAUAUUCUCUUACUGGUAAUCAACACUCAUUUAGUCCACAAGUUUUACCAGCUUUUACAUGUUCUUCAUAUUCCACAAAUCAGUAUGGUAGCAAUACAAAGCCUAAUCAUAACAAUCAGUUUCCUAUAAAUAGAUUACGUAAUUCAGAUAAGUUCUGGCUUGGAAGCUUACCCAGAAGAUGAAUAACAGUUUAUUAUUAGAAAAUAAAUUUUAGAUAUAUACUCAUCUGUAUUCCUUAUGAUGAGUGAAUAUAUAUUCAUUAUGUUUCAAGCAUCUGUCAGGUAUUACUGAUAGAUUUUAAAAAUAAUAUGACUACUGAAAGAUUACUACUUAUCCCUAACAGGCUCAUAUAAUUUCUUUAUCGAUAAAUUUCUCUAUGAAUACCUUGACGCUUGUAGACAACUAAAGAAAAAUUGAUUACCCAUAAAUUCUAGAUAUUCUUUUUUAUUCUCACUAUUUAUAUUAACCUGUAAUUUCAAUAAUUAUUGUAAUAAUAAAUUUUCUAUGGCCUAUCUUCAAAGGUUUAGCUCCUACUUCUUGACAAAAAAUAAAUAUAAUUUAUUAUCUUGUACAUUUUUGCUUUUCUAUUAACAAGUAAAAAACAAUACUGAAAUAUACAGUUAAACAAUACUUGAACUAAUUAGUACAUUACAGAUAUUUCAGGUCAUAAGUAAACUGCUAAAAUAUGACACAACCGUUUGUUAUGUUUAUGUUCGAGAUACUAUAUUCCAUACUUUUGUUAUAUUUAGUUUGGAUAACCAAUGUUUUAGACUGCCUUAACCUGAUUAUAUUUGGAAGAUUUACUAAAAUAAUAGAAAGUGACAAUGAUAUUUAAAUAUUACUUUCAUAAACAUCAUACACUAUUAAAAACAGCUAUCAGGAUUCUUCAACGAUGCUGUCAGUUACUAGUUAGACUCAUUAAAUUAUGUCAUAAAUCCCAACAUAUUACUUACUGGGUAAUUUUGGCUUAUAAAUCUAUAAAAAUGUUGUUGGAUAACAGUGAAAUAAAUCUAUCCAACUAGUUUGUAUUCAUAAUUAGUAAAUAAUUUGCAAGUUAUUUAUGUAUAGUGAUUUUUUUGUAAAAAUCAAGUCUCAACUUCAUUUUAAUGCUUCAAUUUAAUGUUAUUCUGCUGAAUGAGCCAAUCGGAUCAUUUACGUGAAUUAGAUCAACUUAACCGAACAAUCCAAAACUGCCACUUGUAAAUAUCAAUGUUGCACACCCCAUAAUAGCAGUUUAAGAAUUUGUCGUAAGAUCAUUUCUCUACGUUGUUGUGUUGACAGUCGUGAAUCUGUCCUAAAUUCCCUUGAACUACGUUUUUUCUAUAUUUUCUUUCUUUAUGCGUAAAAUUAUUCCAUUAACUAUCUACAUAAAUGUGUUUUGUGUUAACCUUUUGAUCUAUCUGAAAUUAUUAUUUUGUUAUUGUUUUAAGGUUUUGAUUCUGUUUCGUUUUUUUAAUGACGAUAAUAGAUUUUGUGCUAGUCAACUUCAUAUUCUGGCGACUGUUAUGUUGGGUGGACUAGUUCUUGACUAUUAUUGUUUGAUUUGAUUAAACUGAUUUAUAAGGAAUGGAUAUGAACUUCUUCAUUAUUGUUGGGAAUGUUUACUUUUGCUGACAAGUAAUUUGCUGUGCGAUCCUUGAAUUUUCAUGUAAUUAUUAUCUUUUAGUUCAAUUGGUUAACUCUGGUAUAAAUUGGAUUUUUUCGCGUAAGCGGUCGUUCCCUGAUGGACGAAGACAGCUUCUUACAUUGACAAGUAGUUGUUGAGCAUAUUAACACAGUCGAUUUCUUAAUUUGAUCCCCC